AGCUGACUUACUACCAGGCACUCUCUUUUCUGUCCGUUGUGUACAGCUUUUCAGGUUGGGGUUACUGUUCCAUCUGUUCGCGACUCCCCCUGGUGUCACGUAAAUGUCAGCAGCGUACAAGCACAUAAGCACUCGAGGAGCGAUGGCAACGGUCGGUUCAGAGAGGCAAACUUGAGCCUGGUGGGUUGAUCAGUUCUGCGAAGGAUAUCCUAAAGGCCUCGCAGAAGGGCUGGAAAUUUACACCGACAAGCCAGCGCCAUGGCGGCCAACUAUUGGACGUCGACCCAGAGAAGAUACUGGACGUUCACUCCGGAAAAGCUCGUCGACAUCCGCGAUGAUCUGGAGAAACAGCACGCCAAAGUCAUCGAGCAAUAUCCUUAUCCCGAUCGGAGGCACAUGAUGAUAUUCCUACGUGAUCGUCUGCUGCAGUUGGCUAAGCGCCUGCAGUUCAGACAACAAUGCGUGGCAACUGCUCUAGUCUAUUUACAUCGAUACUUCCUGACGACGCCCAUGCAGAAUGUUAACCUCUAUCUUCUGGCUGCAACCGCGUUCUAUCUAGCAUCGAAGACUGAAGAGUCACCACACCACAUUCGUCUGGUCGCUGCCGAGGCGAGGCAGUCGUGGCCGGAGUUCAUGCCGGGGGACGUGGCGAGACUGGGGGAGAUGGAAUUCUGUCUCAUCUCAGAAAUGCGCUCACAGUUGAUUGUCUGGCAUCCAUACCGAUCCUUGAUUGCGUUAAAGGAGAAUCAAGAUCUCAAGCUGUCCAACGAUGAGCUUGGUUUGGCUUGGUCCAUCAUCAACGACAGCUUCAUGACUGAUCUGCCAUUGACUUGCCCGCCACAUCUCACUGCAAUCAUUGCGAUGUUCCUUGCAGUCGUCUUCCUCCCGACAGCUAAAGCAGCUGGCACAUUGAGACCGUUGUCACACGAUACCCUCACAAACCCUGACAACGGUCCAUUCUCAUCCCUCGUGGGUCGGCAGAACAUUUCCGGAUCUUUCAGCAGUGUCCUUGGGAAUCUACAGAUGUCCAGUCAUGGCGGUCCUCAAAGCAAUGGCAAAGCUCAAAUGCAAUCGAAUGAUGCGCCCUCUCAGCCAUUUGAUAGAGAGAAGACCAUAGCGGCGGCAAAGGAGUCCGAGAAGAUGCAGAAUACGAUGAAAUUCCUGGUGGACUCAGGCAUUGAUAUCGAACGUAUGAUUGAAGGAACACAAGAAAUGAUCUCUUUGUACGACGCUUGGGAACAAUACAAUGAGAAGUCCAUCAAGGACGUCGUCGGUCGUUGCCUGAAGUCGCGCGGGUUAGACGGCUGAAGAUCUGCCUCUCGCUGUUGCUGGGGGAAGAGCCAUGCUGCACCCUUUCGGCUUCCACUACUUUGGGGUGGCGACCCCCGCUAUUCCAAGCUGUUUCCUCAGCUCAAGAACAAUAGGUUUUGUUUUGGUGACAGGCGCAUUCCAAUCAAAGGAAGCCAACGUGUUGUUCGAAAAUUCGAAGUAUAACAAAUCUGCAGCAUCAUUACGAACCUGCAAGCAUACGUCAGUCUCAGCAUGUCGUAUGAAAAAAGAAGACGGACCUUUGGCCAGCGAUGAAGCAACUGACGCGUAAGCUUGUCCAUCGCCCGGGUCCGGUAUGCAUCGAUCGACAGCAGUCUGGAAUAGCAAUUCAGUGCAGCUUCAAUCCUCGGAAGGCUCGAGGUCGGGCUUUGGAUUUUUUGCAUGAUGGCCCAGAUGUCCCAAGAAUCAUUAAGUAAGAGGCUUUGGUCCAUCAGAAAGCACAGAAAAUCGAGCAGUGUGACGACUUGGCGGUCAUCUUGCGUGGCAUUCUCAUCCAACUGUCUCAGUAUGAUCGACGUGGCUGCUUUUGCCAGGUCAUUGCGCCUCUCAUUAUCGAGCAGCUGCAUGUACAAUAGAAAUGCAUUGCUAGCAGCGCGGCAGACGUCUUCAGUCCCCGACGUGGCGGAUGAGACAAGGCCUAAGAGAACCUGCUGCUGGAAAUCUUUGCUGGGAAACAGCUCCAAGAGCUGUUGGAAAUAUGAAGUGGAGGAUACGUCGGCGGGAUAGUCAAAAGUGCUAGCAUUAUUAGCCAGCCAGUGACGCUAGGGUUCAGUUUGGACUUACCAUUGCAGGGUUGGAAAAUUCGGAUUCGUCUUCCAAUAGCCUUCCAAGCACUUCCAAGCACGAAACCGUACACUGUUUAGCUUUUCAGCUGCCAGCUUCGCAACGAAGGGCAUGACAGCCGUGAGAACAUCGUCAGAAAACCGGUUCAGGUCCCUGUGGUUACGGAGUGCGUCAAGUGUUUCGAUACUCUGAAGUCGAAGUGUCGAGCCGAUGUCUCCCCUCUGGUCGUUGGUAUAGUCAUUCAAUCCACAGCAGAGGACGUCGGAGAUUUUCACUGCGUCGUUUGGAGUGCCGAUGUCAGAGUUCAAUAGGAUGACGGACAGGGCUCCCAUAGCAUCGAUUCUGG